UCCUCGAUUCACUUUCCACCGUUUUCCCGUUCCCUACAUGAAGUCUUCCUUGUGGGUCUUCCAAUGGAUAUGCUAUAUGACAAAUGCGGAAGAAAAGUUUUUCAAGGAAAUUGAGAGUUUGGUGGCAAAAAGAAAGCCAGAAGAAUUAACGAAAAGGUUGUAUUCCCCUGUGGGAGAGCUUUUCCGAGAGCAAGGAAGAGCUCCGUGGUGUGGCACAGACCCAGAGUAAAGAGCUGGGAGACUCACUGGUUGACAUGUACAAAGAUUCAUCGUAACCUCCCUAUAUAUUUCCAGCUAAUCCCAAAGUCAAUGAGGAACUGAAACAAAGAUUACCCUCCCCAAUAAAACAGCAGAGCGCAGAGAGCACAGCACAGCUCAGAAAGCUGAAAGCAAGUUCCAACACGUUGCUAGGUCGAACGGAUUCAGAAGCAGUCGCUGAGGAUCUGCCUAGAGACCAAGGUUUCCCAGCUUUCCCUCUGUGGGGAGCCCAGUGCUGCUCCUCUCAGUCCUGACUCCAGGGCAAGGGAAACUGCAAAGAUGAUGGAAGAGGAGAGUCAUUUGGUGAGGGUUGAUGCCCAGGCUCAGACAGAGCUAGACCAGGAAGCAGGACCUCUACACAGGCCUCCCCUGUCGCCACAGGACCACAGCGAACCCUCGACAAAGAGCAGUGCAGGAGAAGACCAGGGUAUUGCCAAUGCAAGCAGCUCCUUUACCUCAGCAAAGCAUGCGCCGGUCCUGGAUAAGGAGAAAAACAUUGUCUUCCUACUCAAGGAGCUGGACUCUCUCAGAGACCUCAAUAUGAAGCUCCAGGACAGGCUGGCCCUGAGGGAGCAGCAGCUGGAGCAGAGAGCCCUGGAUGGCCAGGUGCUGGAGAGCGAGAUGGAGGCCAGAGCCUGCAAGAAAGCUGGAGCCCUGGUGGAGGAGAUCUACAAAGCGCAGAGGGAGCGGGACCAGGCUGUGAUGGCCCGACUGAGGCUGGCCAAUGAGGAGAGGGACGAGGCCCUGCUCCGGGCUAUGAGACUACAGCAGACCGCAGAGGAACUGGAGAAUAGUAACCCAGCAGAGAAUGAUGCGGACCUAGAGGAGCUGUUGAACAGGAUCAGCGGUGCUGACUCAGCUCUGGGCAUCGAGCGCAGCGGAGCAGUGAUCGUGGACCGGCUCCAGAAGGCCAGAGAACGACGGAAGAAGAUCACAGCUCAGGAGAUGAACGCUGUCAUUGAGGAGAGGGAUGCUGCACUGGCUAAGUGCCGGCACCUGGAGCAGGGUCUUCAUCACACCGAGGAGCAGAGGCACACUUGGGCAAACAGCGCGAGACACCCAACUGCAGGAAACAAUCAGGAGCACGCUCACAAGGAGGAGCUUCAGGCUAUUUUUCAAGAGCGUGACAGGGCCAUAGAGCGCAACCGGAGCCUGGAGGAAGAGAUCCAGACACUGCGAGCAUAUUACAGUCAGCACCAGUCCCUGUCCCUGGAGGCUAACCUGAAGGAGCAGUUUGACUCGACACUCAACACCAACUCCAAGGCCUUACAGACACAGGAGGGCCAAGUCACCCAGGCUACCCAAGCCAACCUCCACCAAGAGCAGCUUCUGGCCCAAUUCCAGACCCUGGCUUCAGAGCACCAAAGCACACAGGCCCAACUCAACCUUGCUUGGGAGGCCGAGAAGGAAGCAAAUGAGAGAGUUCAAAAGCUGGAGCGACUGGUGGAGGUGCUGAGGAAGAAAGUGGGGACCGGCAGCGUCAGAACGGUGAUCUGAAGGGGAAGAGGUCGGCUCUGGAGCGAUCGCCCGGCAACAUCUGGCGACCAGGCUGCCGCGUUUAACACUGUGUAAACAUCCCAGCCUUAACUCGACAAACAGUUGUUAGAAGUACAGCACUCAACCCACAUUCCAAGCCCAGAUCAAACCGAAUCAUAAAUGUUUAACCACUCGACUGCGCGCCUGUUACCCUGCCACUGGUAUUUCCUGAAUUGCUUAUUACAUUUGAUUAUUGUUGUUGUUGUUUUUUUGUUUUUUCAAUAUAUAUAUAUAUAUAUAUAUAUAUAUAUAU